AUGUCUUCUUCAGUCAGCAGAGCGGCCGUCAGCACGCCUGUCAGGUCCACACCACAGAAGUCUACGCCCGUCGUCGACAGCCCGGGCACUUGGAGACAUCCCCGUCUGAACGAGAUCACGAGACGGCGAAACGCGACCACGUUUUCCGAGAAGAACGUGAGGAGGAUCGCCAUCAACAUCGCCUUCCUAGUGAGCAUCUGGCUUUCGCAGGUUCUCGCGCGAUCCUACAUCCCCGCACAAUGGUUCAGUGUGUCUCUACGAUCUUAUCUCGGUUGGGCAUACUAUGUAGUUCAGCUAGUUCCUCUUGCCAACAUCGGCAUGGCCAUGCUGCCGCUCGUCCGACCGGCUGACGAUCUCGCCGACAUCCCUCUUACACCCGCUCAGCGCAAACUUCUUGGACUGCCCCCGAGUGCGACUGCGGCUACACCCGAUGCUGUCUACAGUACCCCGCCCCGGUACUCGCGGACACCGUCUCUGGCUGGCUCACCUGCGAGCAACCGGAGCUUCUCUGGCUCUCCUUUGUCGGGACGAGGCAGCCCGGCCCUCGGAUCGUCCUUGAACGGCCCAUCUUACUCUCCGUCCCCGCUGAACGUCAGCCCGUCCAAGUUCUCAACAAGUCUCAACAGCAACCGGAGGUCGUCGUUCGGCUCCUCAACCAACUUGGGAGGCAGCAUGCUGGGAGCAAGCACCAGUUCUUCUCUCUUCCCAGACCCUCCGACACCAAGCCCUUCUACUGGAAAGCGUACUAGUGUUGGCUUGAACAACAAAUGGCUUUACGAGAGGGGUAGGAGAUCGUCGGGAGGGAGCUGGAUGCACUGA